CCUCUCAUGAGCAUUGAAUCCCGAGAGCCACAUAAAUCUUUAGACGAUGGGUGAUAAACCUCACCCCCAUACUCUUCAAUCAACCCCAUAUCUAUCUAUUCAAUCAUUGCCACGUGUCAUCUCCAUCGUUGCUUGCUUAUCUGCUGAAAGAACUCUUUCUUCAAAAAACACAACCAAACUCAAUAACACUCUCCUUCUCCUCCUGCUUCUGCUUCAAAGCUUAGAAAACCAGAUAAAAAAUGGAGACUGGGGUAGCAUGCUUUGCACGUGCGACAAUCUUGCCAAGUGUUGCUUCUCAACAUACAACAAGCUCAUUUGCCUCUCCACGCACUAUUUCCCCUUCUUUCACCACCAGAAGUUUAAAAUCAAGCUCGUUAUUCGGAGAGGCUUUGCGGGUGAUGCCAAGAUCGUCACUCAAGGUUUCGAAGUCACAAAAUUCCUCAGUCGUAACCAAAUGUGAAAUCGGUGAAAGUCUGGAAGAUUUCCUAUCAAAAGCAACACCCAGACAAGGGUUUGAUCAGAUUGCUGACCUUGCCGUCGAUAUGCUUGCCGACAAGCUUUUGUUUGAUGCAUUGACUCACUCGCAUUUCUGCAAAUAUGCUUGCUCCGAAGAAGUUCCCGAGCUUCAAGACAUGGGUGGUCCAGUCGAAGGCGGGUUCAGCGUCGCGUUUGAUCCCCUUGACGGGUCCAGCAUUGUGGACACCAACUUCACCGUCGGCACCAUUUUUGGCGUGUGGCCGGGAGAUAAACUAACCGGAGUCACCGGAGGAGACCAAGUGGCUGCAGCCAUGGGGAUUUAUGGACCUCGAACCACUUAUGUUAUUGCCAUCAAGGGUUUCCCUGGAACCCAUGAGUUUCUUCUUCUUGACGAAGGUAAAUGGCAGCAUGUGAAAGAAACCACAGAAAUUUCAGAAGGGAAGAUGUUUUCCCCUGGAAAUCUGAGAGCCACUUUUGACAAUCCCGAUUACGACAAGCUGAUCAACUACUACGUAAAAGAAAAGUACACUUUAAGAUACACCGGUGGAAUGGUGCCCGAUGUUAACCAGAUAAUUGUGAAAGAAAAGGGUGUUUUUACAAAUGUGAUAUCACCAACAACAAAAGCGAAGCUAAGGCUUCUCUUUGAGGUGGCUCCUUUGGGACUAUUGAUCGAGAAUGCAGGAGGUUAUAGCAGUGAUGGGACACAGUCUGUGUUAGAUAAGGUGAUUGUGAAUCUUGAUGAUCGGACUCAAGUAGCUUACGGGUCGCUAAAUGAGAUCAUAAGGUUUGAAGAGACACUAUACGGGUCAUCUAGGCUCAAGUCUGGUGUGCCUGUCGGAGCUUCAGCUUAAAACUCCAUAUUUGUUUUGUAAACAUGUAUUAUUGUUAAGAUCUCUAAAUGAAUUUUUCCAAUCAUAUAUAAAUUUAUAUUCAAUGUCAAAAACUAUAUUCAGAGAACAUUUUCUAAUUUUGAGCUUAUUAGUUCACGAUAUAAUA